AUCUCAGUAUGAAAGAAAAUGUCGAAAUUCCGUGCACCGUAAACCAUUUUGUCACCAAAUAUUCGCAAACAUGAACAAUUCCAUUAAGAUUCCAUUCAUAAAAAUGCAUGGUACCGGCAACGAUUUCGUAAUCAUCGACUGUCGCGAGCAUAUCUAUCCUAACAACGACGUUAUUCGUAUUGCUGAUCGAAAGCGUGGAAUUGGCUGUGACCAGACCAUUUUUAUUUAUUCAUCUGGCACACAAACGUGUAAAAUAGAAAUUUUCAAUCCGGAUGGAAGCAUGGCUGAAAUGUGUGGAAAUGCAGUGCGCUGUAUUUUCUGGCUAAUAACAUCAGACAAGUCACCUCAUGCAUCAAUACAGUUGUCCAAUAGAGUCGUAUAUGGUGAGCGUUUAUGUGAUGGUCAAAUUAAAGUCAAUAUGGGAAAACCGCUGACCCACUGGCAAGAUAUUCCUUUAUUGGAACCACAAAAUACACUCACCAUCAAUCUCGAUAUCGGCGAUCUGAAAUCACCAACAGCCACCAAUAUCGGCAAUCCACAUUUAACAUACUUUGUCGACGAUGUCAACAGCGUACCGUUUGAGAAGGUGGCACCGUUAAUCGAAAAUCAUUCACUCUUCCCGAACCGAAUCAAUGUUAGCAUCGCACAAGUUCUGAACGGCAAUGAAAUACGGGUACGCAUUUGGGAACGUGGGACAGGUAUUACGGAAUCAUGUGGUAGUGCAGCUUGUGCAACACUAAUUGCGGCAAUUCGGAGGGGAUUAGUGCAAAACAAUAAGGCGAAAAUUAGAUUGCCGGGAGGAGAUCUCAUGGUUGAAUUUGAUGGCGAUUGCGUUUAUAAGACCGGUGAUGCUGUGUUAGUGUUCGAAGGGAAAUAUAUUCAGCAGUUUAAUUGAGGCGAUUUGAAGUAAGUAGCAAAUAGGAUCCUUCAAAUUAAUAGAAAUUUUGAAGCCGAAUUUUAACAUCUGGGGAAGGCAAGAAUUUAUUGUGUACCCCCUUUCGUUCUGAGAUCCGCGAACCAUCGGGCAUAAACAUAAUAA